UUAAAGGGGCCGCGACUGCGGCUGGACGGGAGUCCGGGUCGGCGGCGCCGAGCGGGGGCGGUGCUGGGCAGAGCGGCGGCCGCUCCCUCCCGGCCUCCCGGUCCUGGUCCCGCCUGGGAAGGGAUGCAGGGAAGCCCUCGGGCGCUGCGCUCCGAGGCGGGAGACGGCGUCCCCUCCGCCCCUCGUCUCCUGGCGCCGCAGAGCCCGGCCCAGGCCGCGGAACGGUGAUGCUCGGGCCAGACGGGCGGGCGCGGCCCCCUGCGUCCCGCUGAAAAUGUGUAUCUGACAUGCAAGCUCAGUGGGGCAGAGACCUGUGGAUUGCUGUGCCCUGCACAAACCUGAAUCAUGAAGGUGUUGGGAAGAAGCUUCUUCUGGGUGCUGUUUCCUGUCCUUCCCUGGGCGGUGCAGGCUGUGGAGCACGAGGAGGUGGCGCAGCGUGUGAUCAAACUGCACCGCGGGCGAGGGGUGGCCGCCACUCAGAGCCGGCACUGGGUCCGGGACAGCUGCAGGAAGCUCUCAGGGCUUCUCCGCCAGAAGAAUGCGGUUCUGAACAAACUGAAAAAUGCAAUUGGAGCAGUGGAGAAAGACGUGGGCCUGUCGGAUGAAGAGAAACUGUUUCAGGUGCACACAUUUGAAAUUUUCCAGAAAGAGCUGAAUGAAAGUGAAAAUUCCGUUUUCCAAGCCGUCUACGGACUGCAGAGAGCCCUGCAGGGGGAUUACAAAGAUGUCGUGAACAUGAAGGAGAGCAGCCGGCAGCGCCUGGAGGCCCUGAGAGAGGCUGCAAUAAAGGAAGAAACAGAAUAUAUGGAACUUCUAGCAGCAGAAAAACAUCAAGUUGAAGCCCUUAAAAAUAUGCAACAUCAAAACCAAAGUUUAUCCAUGCUCGACGAGAUUCUUGAAGAUGUAAGAAAGGCAGCGGAUCGCCUGGAGGAAGAGAUAGAGGAACAUGCUUUUGACGACAAUAAAUCGGUCAAGGGGGUCAAUUUUGAGGCAGUUCUGAGGGUGGAGGAAGAGGAGGCCAAUUCUAAGCAAAAUAUAACAAAACGAGAAGUGGAGGACGACCUGGGCCUUAGCAUGCUGAUUGACUCCCAGAACAACCAGUAUAUUUUGACAAAGCCCAGAGACUCAACCAUCCCACGUGCAGAUCACCACUUUAUAAAGGACAUUGUUACCAUAGGAAUGCUGUCCUUGCCUUGUGGCUGGCUAUGUACAGCCAUAGGAUUGCCUACAAUGUUUGGUUACAUUAUUUGUGGUGUACUUCUGGGACCUUCAGGACUAAAUAGUAUUAAGUCUAUUGUGCAAGUGGAGACAUUAGGAGAAUUUGGGGUGUUUUUUACUCUUUUUCUUGUUGGCUUAGAAUUUUCUCCAGAAAAGCUAAGAAAGGUGUGGAAGAUUUCCCUACAAGGGCCCUGUUACAUGACACUGUUAAUGAUCGCAUUUGGCUUGCUGUGGGGUCAUCUCUUGCGGAUCAGACCCACGCAGAGCGUCUUCAUUUCCACGUGUCUGUCCUUGUCGAGCACACCCCUCGUGUCCAGGUUCCUCGUGGGUAGUGCUCGGGGUGACAAAGAAGGCGACAUUGACUACAGCACCGUGCUCCUCGGCAUGCUGGUGACGCAGGACGUGCAGCUCGGGCUCUUCAUGGCCAUCAUGCCGACUCUCAUACAGGCGGGCGCCAGUGCAUCUUCUAGCAUUGUCAUGGAAGUUCUCCGAAUCCUGGUUUUGAUUGGUCAGAUUCUUUUUUCGCUAGCGGCGGUUUUUCUUUUAUGUCUUGUUAUAAAGAAGUAUCUCAUUGGACCGUAUUAUCGGAAGCUUCACAUGGAAAGCAAGGGGAACAAAGAAAUCCUGAUCUUGGGAAUAUCUGCCUUUAUCUUCUUAAUGUUAACGGUCACAGAGCUGCUGGACGUCUCCAUGGAGCUGGGCUGUUUCCUGGCCGGAGCGCUCGUCUCCUCUCAGGGCCCCGUGGUCACUGAGGAGAUCUCCACCUCCAUCGAACCCAUCCGCGACUUCCUGGCCAUCGUUUUCUUCGCCUCCAUAGGGCUCCACGUGUUCCCCACGUUUGUGGCGUACGAGCUCACAGUGCUGGUGUUCCUCACCUUGUCAGUGGUGGUGAUGAAGUUUCUCCUGGCGGCGCUGGUCCUGUCUCUCAUUCUGCCGAGGAGCAGCCAGUACAUCAAGUGGAUUGUCUCCGCCGGGCUUGCCCAGGUCAGCGAGUUUUCCUUUGUCCUGGGGAGCCGGGCACGAAGAGCGGGCGUCAUCUCUCGGGAGGUGUAUCUCCUUAUACUGAGUGUGACCACACUCAGCCUCUUGCUCGCCCCGGUGCUGUGGAGAGCUGCAAUCACGAGGUGUGUGCCCAGACCAGAGAGACGGUCCAGCCUCUGACGGCACGGAGGUGAUGGACCGUGGAAGGGAGGCGUCUGUGGGGAGUGAGCGCUUAGAUGGCUGGCAGCUGCUCCUUCUGGGAAGCUCGCACCUUGGCAACAGAACAGCUCACUAGCAAAGCGUCAGUGCAGUCGUGUUAUCCCGGCUUUUACAGAAUAUUCUUGUCCUAUUUUAGAAUUUUCCAGAGUAGUUUAUUUGCAGUCCAUUGAUUAUGUGCAGUAGACCCAGGACACUGCGUUUUACCAAUCGCCUUGAAUGUGGUGCCUGGACGUGCCUUUUUUUUUUCCCUGAAAUUAUUAUUAAUUUUCUAUUGUGAGUUCAUCAGUUCAUAGUUUUUUUAGUAAAGAAGCAAAAUUAAAAGGCUUUUAACAAUGUACAACUUCAGAAUUAUAAUCUGUUGGUCAAAUAUUUGUUAUUAAACAUUUCUGUAAUAUGAAGUUGUAAUCCUGGCCAUGAGCUUGGAAGCUUACUUUUGAUUCUUAAAGCCUAUGUUUUCUAAAAUGAGGCAAAUAUGGAUGUCUAUUUGCCUUUUAUUGUAACUUUUAAAUGAAAUAAUUUCAUGUCAAUUUCUAUUAGAUAUAUCACUUAAAAUAUUUGGUUUUAGAUCACAAGAAUAUGUAUUCUUUAAUAAAGAUAAUUUAUGAUCAGGGUAUAAUUGAAAUUUAUUAAAAUCUGUUUUUAUUAA